AUGCCGAGCAAUUAUCCACCGAUUUAUCCUCAAGUCCAAACGAUCGUCACACAACCUUUUCUCGUACAAUCAUAUCCGUCGAAUGGUUUUGCAACUACUGUUGUUCAAGAACAACCGAAAGAUGUUCAACAUUGUUGUCACUUUUUUUUAUGUCUAUUAACAGGAGGAUUAUGGGCACCAUGUUGGUUAGGAGCUUGUUGUGGAUGUUGUGAGUAUACUAUUUUCUAUUAG